UUUACGGUGGUAUCAACAUCCUACUGAAGAAGAACUACGGAUUCUUGCAGGGAAACAAAGAGGGAAGAGCAAAAAAGAUAGAAAAUAUAAUGGUCAUAUUGAAAACAAACCCCUGACCAUUCCAAAAGACAUUGAUCUUCAUCUGGAAACAAAAUCUGUGACUGAAAGGGACACUAUUGCAUUGCAUUAUUUUCCGGAGUAUCAGUGGUUGGUGGAUUUCACUGUUGCAGCUACAAUUGUGUAUGUGGUGACAGAAGCCUAUUACAGUAUUGCGAAGCCCUCACAAGAGAUGAAUAUCAGUGUAGUGUGGUGUCUGCUUGUCUUGGCUUUUGCAGUUAAGGUACUGUUUUCAUUGACUACCCAUUAUUUUAAAGUAGAGGAUGGAGGUGAAAGAUCAGUCUGUGUCACAUUUGGUUUUUUCUUCUUCGUGAAAGCAAUGGCAAUUCUUAUUGUGACAGAAAACUAUCUAGAGUUUGGACUGGAAUCAGGAUUCUCAAAUUUCUCAGAAAGUGCUAUGCAGUUUCUUGAAAAGCAGGGUUUGGAAUCCCAGGGUCCUGUGUCUAAACUAACCUUCAAAUUGUUCCUGGCUGUUCUGUGUUCACUUAUUGGUGCUUUUUUGACAUUCCCUGGCUUGCGACUGGCUCAAAUGCAUCUGGAUGCUCUGAAUUUAGCAACAGAAAAAAUAACACAAACAUUACUACAUAUAAACUUCUUGGCACCUUUAUUUAUGGUUCUACUGUGGGUAAAGCCAAUCACUAAGGACUACAUUAUGAACCCACCUUUGGGCAAAGAGAGCAUCCCUUUAAUGUCAGAAGAUACGUUUGACACUGUGAGGUUGUGGAUUAUAAUCCUGUUGUGUGCUUUACGGUUGGGUAUGAUGCGUCAUCACUUACAGGCCUAUCUGAAUUUAGCCCAGAAAAGUGUGGAUCAGAUGAAAAAGGAAGCUGGCAGAAUAAGUAUGGUUGAUUUACAGAAAAUGGUGGCUCGAGUAUUCUAUUACCUUUGUGUAAUUGCACUGCAGUAUGUUGCACCAUUGGUAAUGCUCCUUCACACGACUCUGCUCUUGAAAACACUAGGCAAUUAUUCUUGGGGCAUCUACCCGGAAUUGAAUUCUGACACUCCAGUAGAAAACAGUCUGCUUCCCAGUUCAGUUUAUUCUGAGUCUCCACCUGCUGAUGGAAAGAUGAAAGUAACUGUAGUACAAAUAACAAUGGCUUUGGGAAGCCUAAAGAAUAUUUUCACUCCUCUCCUGUUCCGGGGACUCCUGUCUUUCCUCACCUGGUGGAUUGCUGCUUGCCUCUUUUCUACAAGCCUUUUUGGGCUUUUCUAUCACCAGUACCUGACUGUGGCGUGA